CAUUUCUUGUUCGGUAGGAAUAUCGAGCUUUUUCUUCUUCCUCUUGAAUAUAUAAUUUAUAUAUAUAUAGAUUUAUAUCACGGUUGAAUUUUUAUCCCCCUUUUUACUAUUCGCAUUAGACGAGAAAUUUAAAGAACUAAACUACUCUUUCAAAAAAAGAAUGUCUCCUAAAAUUCAAAUCGACCCAAACUUACCCGCUGACACAGUAUGGUUUAGUAAGAUAGAUUCCCUCCCUCCCCCUCCAUCCCAUCAACACCAACUAACCCUCCCCAACCAACAGUAACCGGCUGUUCCUCCGGCAUCGGCAAAGCCCUCGCACAAGAAAUCUUCACCAAAACAACCCACACCCUCAUCGCCACCGCGCGCAACCCCACCACCCUAACCUACCUCCCCCAAUCUCCCCGUAUCCUCCCCCUUCCCCUCGACGUAACAUCUACCUCCUCCAUCCAGGACGCCCUAACCACCAGUCUCGCAACCUUCAAACACAUCGAUAUCCUCGUUAAUAAUGCAGGUUAUGGCAUCUUAGGCGAUACGGAAAAUAUACCCGAGGAAAGCGCUCGCGGGGUUUUCGAGACGAAUUUCUGGGGCGCGGUACAUUUGUCUAGGGAGGCUGUUGGGAUUUUAGGAGGUUAAUGGGGAGAAGGGGGUUAAUUGUGCAGGUCGGUACGGUGGGUGGGGUAGUAGCUUUUGGGGGUCAGGCGUUUUAUCAUGCUAGGUAUUAAUCUUUUGUUUAUUUUUAUCCUAGCUCACUCCCUCACUCCCUCGAUUACUCAAAACCCCAAGCAAAGAGCACCCUAACAACCCAAACCAGUAAAUUCGCCCUAGAAGGCUUCACCGAAUCCCUAUCCCACGAAAUCCCCCCAUCCUGGAACAUCCGGUUCCUAAUCAUCCAGCCCGGCGGCGUCAAAACAAACUACGGCACCUCAUCACUUGUGAAAAUUCCCGCUCAUCCCGCCUACAACGAUCCUUCAUUUGGAACGCGGAAGCUGGAGGCCUUUUUCGAUAAUCCUGCUUUUGGGGAUUAUAUGGCGGAUGUAGAUGUAGUUGCGGGGAUUAUUCUCGAGGCGGUGAGGAAGGAGAGGAGGGGUGAAGUGGGAUUGAGGGUUCCGGUUGGGCCGGAUAGUUGGAGUUUGAUUAAGGGGAAGUAUGAGGGGGAGUUGGUGGGGUUGGAGAAAGUGAAGGAGUUGAGUUGGGGGACGGGGAAUGAGAGGCUUUUGGAGGUUAUUGGGUUUUUAGAUGGGUAGAAGGGGGUGUGAAUUAUUGGUGUUGGUGUUGGUUUGUAUUUUGGAUUUGGUGCUUCUAGUUAGUAAGGUUGAUAAAUGAGUAUGCAGAAGAUAUAAAUUAGAGGAGUGAGUGGUCGUUUUAUUUCAAUGAAGCAAUUUGAUAAAUUUGUAGAAUUAUGGA